CAAUAUAUCACCGAUCACGGAAAGAGCCGAAGAUGUCGGCUUGGUCAUGUGAUCAGCUGUGUCCAAUCACAGCUGAUCACUGAUGAUCAGUGUGCCAUGAUGAUCAGUGUAGCCCCAGCAGUGCCACCUGUCAGUGUCCAUCAGUGCCUUGUGUCAGUGCUCAUCAGUGCCUCGUGCCAGUGCCCAUCAGUGCCACAUCAAUGCCACAUAUCAGUGCCUACCAGUGCACAUCAAUGCCACAUAUCACUGCCCAUCUGAGCUGCCUUUCAGUGUCACCCAUCAGUGCCAGUCAGUGCUACCUAUCAAUGCCACCUAUCAGUG